CCCCGCCCACCCCAGCCUCCUCCCUCCGCGCGCCGCUCCGGCCUGUCUCCCUCUCUCCCUCGCCGGGUGCUGAAGUUGGGCGGAUGGCAGCGAGCCGGCUCCACUAGAGGACGGAGCAGCCCAGCCUCGCGCGCCCUCGGACCCCGACCGCGGUGCGCUCGCCCACACCCCAGGCCCCCUGCCAGUUGGGAUCUGAAGUAGAAGAGAUGCGAAAAAGGCAGCAAUCCCAAAAUGAAGGCACGCCGGCUGUGUCGCAAGCACCCGGGAACCAAAGGCCCAACAACACCUGCUGCUUCUGCUGGUGCUGCUGCUGCAGUUGCUCCUGCCUCACUGUCAGGAAUGAGGAAAGAGGAGACGCUGCGGGGCGGCCCCCACACACCACCAAGAUGGAGAGCGUCCAGGUCCUAGAGGAAUGCCAAAACCCCACUGCAGAUGAAGUCCUGUCCUGGUCUCAAAAUUUUGACAAGAUGAUGAAGACGCCUGCAGGAAGAAAUCUUUUCCGCGAGUUCCUCCGAACAGAGUACAGCGAGGAGAACCUACUCUUCUGGCUGGCCUGCGAAGACUUGAAGAAAGAGCAGAACAAAAAAGUCGUUGAGGAAAAGGCCAGGAUGAUCUAUGAAGACUACAUUUCUAUACUGUCCCCGAAAGAGGUCAGCCUCGAUUCUCGAGUUCGAGAGGUGAUCAACAGGAACCUGCUGGACCCCAGCCCGCACAUGUACGAAGACGCCCAGCUUCAGAUCUACACCCUAAUGCACAGAGAUUCUUUCCCACGAUUCUUGAACUCGCAGAUCUAUAAAACUUUUGUCGAAAGUACUGCCACCUCUACUUCUGAAUCUUAAUUUUUAUUUGAAAGGCCAAAAGAAAAGAAAAAUCAUUUCAGAGGGCUGGGAUGGGAAAUAAAAGUAGUUAAAUAAUAUCAGAAAUUAAGUUCCUGGAGAACUACAGGCUGGCUGCUGGGAAAAAGACAACCAUGAUGGUCUUUUGUCUCCAUUUUUAUCAAGGUUAUCCAUGAUUCCAUUUGGAGAAAAGCCUAUAUAAGGCAAUGAAUUGCCAAAUUAAGUUUGUUUGAUUUAACACUUGCUCUACUUGCAAGCAAACUGUGUUCCUCGCCCUCUGAUAGGUCCCCUAGUCCCCCCCCCCCAGAGGCUGCAUGUGCAAAGCAAAACCGCUUCGUCUGCCACUUAGCUGUACUAUUUAAUCAGUAGCAUACCUUGUAUCUGUAUUUAAGGACUUUUGUGCAAUAUGGUCUCUUAGAAACAGUUGCCAACAAAUUGGCUGUGGUUUGCAUUUUACGCAUAAUCUGAUACAAAAAAAAGGCUAUUUUAAACAUGUGACAGUGAUAUUUAACCAUGCUACAUACUGUUUGUAGUACACGGACUCUGAAGCCAAUUUUUCUGUACAUGAAAAAAAAAAAAAAGCUGUUUUUCUCUGCCUGUUGAAGGAUCUUAAUUGUGAGAGGCCUCUGGUUGUUCACUGCCCAAAUUCUGGCAUUUUCAUUACAGAAGAGUUUGUUAUGUUUUUAAAAAAGAAAGAAAGAAAGAAAAAGAAAACAAAAAAAAAUUAACAAUGGUAAGAAAAUUUCUAAAAAGCACAAAACAAUCUGCAGAUAUCCUAUCUCAUUGAAAAUUCCAGGAGUUUGUUUGUAGGUAUAAAAGAAGGGAAGAGUCUAUGUAUAUGUCAAAUGCCCAACACUGUAAUUUACUUAUUAAAGAAUGGCUCUACAGGUACAAAAGAGAUGUGUAAACUUACGUAUGUCAGUAAGAAAACCAUAACAAGUCGACAAUCCAGUUUGGGAUGUGAGGGAAAAGACUGAGGAAAGGAACGCCCACAUGUCGCGCUGUAAACACAUCUCGAGGAAUCGUGUGUGGCAUGUGGCGUAUUUGCCUUGGACAUAUAAUCCAGUGAAAAGUGUAUAUUUUUCCUAAGUGACAUUUUAUGAGGGAUUAUGAAGAAGAAAACCUUUGAUGUCAGAUCUUAACUGUAUUCAUGUAGUCUCUCAAGAAAGACUUAUUUUAACAUUGUUAGAAAACAAAUUAUUAACCCUCAUCCAUAAUUAGAAGGCAGUAUAGUGCUCAACUCUUUUAGCUGCCAAUAUUAUUUUUAUAAUUACAUUAGCUCUUUACAUGAAAUACUCACCUGACCUUGGCAUGUAUUUCUGACCUUCAGAACAGUAUCGUAUUGUGCACAAAACCAAAAUUACAAUCAAUGUCAUAUUUAUAUCAAGGUCUUACCUUUCAAUAUCAAAAUCCCCUGAAGACUAUUUUUUUAAUCUUAAACUCAAUGAAUAUAUAUUGAGUAACCUAAAAAAAAAAAAAAACAAAAGAUUUAAAAAGAUUUAUAUCCACUGAGAAUACUGGCCUUAUAUUAAGGAUGAUAUUAAAAUUAUAGGUUUUAUUUGUCAUUUUUAACUACCUCUCAUUUUUUUUAAUUUCUUGAACAUAUUUUUUUAAAAAGCAGGUUUAGAGUUUUCUUUUCAAAUUUAUUUUACUUGAAAGGUUGGCAUCAUCUUUCUUUUUCCAUACAUUUAAAACAUUUCAAGAAUUGUUUUUUAAGUGAAUAUGAUUUUCUAAUUUAUAUAGAAUUCAGGAGCUAUGAUUAAAGGGCUAUUACCUAUUCCCUAUGCAAAUAUUUUAACUGUUGCAGUGUUUGACAAAUGGGAUUUUAAAAAGCAGUUUGCAGAGUAGAAAACAAAACGUUCUGUUUACACUGGCGUCGCUGGCUAUCCCACCACGUUCAGCACUUUUAAAUACAUUAUUUAUGAAAACAUAGUUAAAAUGCAAGAUAGAAAUAUUUAUAAUAGUCAUCUUUUAGCAAAUGCCUGUGGUUUUUUUCUGACAGUGUUAGUGUGUUUAAGAUAUGCUUGACUCGUGUCGCCUAGACAUUUACUAUUUGAAUAGUUUCAGUAAUAUGUUGAAAAAAAGACAGUAAUGAAGAUGUUUACAAAAAAAUUCCUAUUUUUUCCUUAAGAGUCAAGAAAACUUAAAAGCAUUGUUGCUUCUAUUGUGAAAUCCCACCAUUCUAAAUCAUCUAAUCAUUCUCUUGAUUAGUGUUUAUUAUGAUACUAUGAUGUGUACACAUGUAUAGUAUAGCAUCAUACUUGUUUCUGUGUUUGAGGCACAAAGAAUUGGUGCACAGGACCAGAUGUGUAAUAUACUAUGACACCCUGCAUGCAUAACUGUUUUUGCUGUAGACUUUAUAUUCCUGUGCCUGUGGGUGCUGGUGACCUACUGUCACAGGCUAUCUUUACAGGAUGCUCUGGGCUACUAGGUGAGUUGUCUGUUUGGCAAUGCAUUGAGUAUUUUACCAAAUGUAAUUACAGGCCUUUAUGAAGAGCCCUUGUCUCUAACCUAGGCAUUUGCUAUGUUUGUAUUUCAAAGUUGCUGUGUCCUUUUGGAAUCUGGUUAAGAAGUUUCAGUGAGAAGGUUUUAGAGCAGAUCUGUGCAGUCUAUGUCAUUAGCUAUGCUGUGUCAUCAGUUCUAUACUAAAUUCAUCUUUCGGGGAAUGGUUUCUUAUUUUAUUUCAGAAUGUUGCAAGUUUUGAAGAGUGUGUCUGUGGACUUGUGACUAUGCUGGUUUUUAAACUAUGAUAUACUUUCUUCUGUUUAAAUUACAGAUCUAUAAUAAACAAAACAAAAGCCUUCAA